CCAAUAGCCCCAAUAGCCCCGCGCCCCGCCCCGCCGGCCUCUGGGCCUCCCGCCGCGCUCCGCCCUCCGGACUGCCGCCGAGCCGCGUCUACGGGGCGCCCCAGGCCUCCGCUGCGCCCGCCAGCUCCCUCUCCAGACCGCGCGCCGCGCCGCGCCCUGCCCCACGCGCCCCCUCCAACCAGGCACCGGCCCACCCCAACUGCGCCCGGCCCAACCCCCCGCCCAGCCCCUGGACCGCCCGCUGCGCCACUGCAAAAAUCCACACGCCCCGAGCCAGUGCUGAACAUCCGACUACUGACCCAGCUAGUUGAACCAUGGCGACAACUCCCGCCCGUGCUUUCGAAGCCCUCAUGCAUGGAGUGACCAGCUGGAAUGUCCCCAAAGGCCCCAUCCCAUGUGAACUGCUUCUUACUGGAGAGGCCUCCUUCCCAGUGAUGGUGAAUGACAAGGGCCAGGUCCUCAUUGCUGCCUCCUCCUAUGGCCGAGGCCACCUGGUGGUGGUGUCCCAUGAGGGCUACCUGCUGAAUGCUGGCUUGGCUCCAUUUCUUCGUAACGCGGUGGGUUGGCUCUGUCCCUCACCUGGGGCUCCCACUGGAGUGCACCCAUCCCUGACGUCACUAGUAAGUAUCCUGCAGGGCUGUGGGGUUCAGGCACAAGUUCAGCCAGAAGUGGGGGCCCCCGUGGGGGUUUACUGCAUCGAUGCCUACAAUGAUAUGAUGACUGCAGAGCUGAUCCAGUUUGUGAAAUGUGGAGGCGGCUUGCUCAUCGGGGGCCAAGCCUGGCAUUGGGCCAGUCAGCAUGGUCCUGACAACAUGCUGUCCAGGUUCCCCGGGAACCAGGUGACAAGUGUGGCUGGAGUGUACUUCACCGACAUCUAUGGGGACACAGGCCGGUUCAAGGUCUCUAAGAAGAUACCCAAGAUCCCGCUCCACGUCAGGUGUGGGGAUGAUCUCAGGCAGGAUCAGCAGCAGCUCCUGGAAGGGAUCUCAGAGCUGGACAUCAAGACGGGAGGAGUGCCCUCGCAGCUGCUGGUGCACGGGGCCCUCGCCUUCCCUCUGGGGUUAGACGCCUCGCUCGGCUGCUUCCUGGCAGCUGCCCGCUACGGCCGGGGCCGGGUGGUCCUGGCUGCCCAUGAGGCCAUCCUCUGUGCACCCAAACUGGGGCCCUUUUUGCUCAAUGCUGUGCGCUGGCUGGCCAGAGGCCAGACGGGCAAAUUGGGGGUGAACACACAUCUAAAAAACCUGUGUGCCCUCCUGUCAGAGCGUGGCCUGGAGUGCAGUCUGCAGCCCCAUCUGACGCAUGACUUGCGUGUCUACUGCUGUGUGGCUUACAGUGACCAGGAGGCUAAGCAGCUGCAGGAGUUUGUGGCCGAGGGUGGGGGCUUGCUGAUCGGGGGCCAGGCCUGGUGGUGGGCCUCCCAGAACCCAGGCCGCUCUGCUUUGGCUGGUUUCCCCGGUAACGUUAUCCUCAACGGCUUAGGCCUCAGCAUCCUAGCUCAGACCCUCGACGCAGGCUGUUUCCCUGUCCCUACCCCCGAGAUGCGGAGCUACCACUUCCGCAAGGCGCUGUCCGAUUUCCAGGCUGCACUGAGCCGUGGGGCUGGGAACUUGGAAAAGCACUGGCUGGCAAAGCUGGGAGCCGAUGGCGCAGCCUUCCUGCAGAUCCCUGCAGAGGGGGUCCCGGCUUACAUAUCCUUGCACCGACUCCUGAGUAAGACGCUGCGUCUGUCAGGCCUCCCAGCUGUGAGCCGGGAGCACCCUGUGCCUGGUGACUCCUUUGAGGCUACACUGCUCUGCCUGGCCACGGGGCUGGCACACUCUGGGACUGACUGCUCCCAGCUGGGGCAGGAGCUUGGAACCUGGACCUGCAGCUCAGGACACCCCAUCACGGUGGAGAUCGAUGGGAGCAACCCAGGCCACUGUGAUGCCUGGGUGAGCACCGGGCUCUACCUCCCAGGUGGACAGAGUGCAGAAGUCUUACUGUCUGAAGCCGCGGCCUCUGCCGGCCUGAAGGUACAGAUUGGCUGCCACACUGAUAACUUGGCCAAGGCCAGCAAGCUGUCUCGAGCCCCUGUGGUGACUCAUCAGUGCUGUAUGGACAGGACCAUACUACCCAUCUCCUGCCUCUGGGGUGGCCUUCUCUAUGUCAUCGUGCCAAAGGGCAGCAAACUGGGCCCCAUAUCUGUCACCAUCAAGAGGGCUGUGCCUGCCCCGUAUUACAAGCUGGGUAAGACAUCUCUGGAGGACUGGAAGAACUGUAUCCAGGAGAGCCCGGCUACCUGGGGAGAGCUGGCAACAGACAAUAUCAUCUUGACGGUGCCGACUGCAAACCUGCGAGCCCUGGAGGACCCCGAGCCGGUGCUCUGCCUCUGGGAUGAGAUGAUGCAUGCGAUAGCCCAGCUGGCAGCCCGGCCUUUCCCUUUCUGCUGUCCCGAGAGGAUUGUUGCUGAUGUGCAGAUCUCAGCUGGCUGGAUGCACUCAGGAUACCCCAUCAUGUGCCACCUGGAGUCGGUGGAAGAGCUCAUCAAUGAGGCAGGCAUGAGGAGCACGGGUCUGUGGGGACCCAUCCAUGAGCUGGGUCACAACCAGCAGCAACAAGAGUGGGAGUUCCCACCACACACCACUGAGGCUACCUGCAACCUCUGGUCUGUCUAUGUGCAUGAAACAGUCCUGGGCAUCCCCAGGGCUAAGGCCCACCCUGCUCUGAGCCCUCCAGAACGAAAGCAGAGAAUCAUAACGCACCUGGGAAAGGGAGCGCCCCUGCAUGACUGGAAUGUGUGGACAGCUCUGGAAACAUACCUACAGCUCCAGGAGGCCUUUGGGUGGGAGCCAUUCACCCAGCUCUUUGCUGAGUACCAAACGCUUUCUGGCAUCCCCAAAGACAAGGAUGGCAAGAUGAAUCUGUGGGCAAAGAAGUUCUCUGAAAAGGUGCAGAAGAAUCUGGCUCCAUUCUUUGAGGCCUGGGGCUGGCCUGUCCAGAAGGAAGUGGCGAACAGCCUGGCCUGUUUGCCUGAGUGGCAGGAAAACCCCAUGCGGGUGUACAUGCAUCCUCAGAAGUAAACGAUGGCAGCAAGGUGGUGGGGGAGAGGCAGUUAAGUCAUAAGACAAAAUGAUACCAACGUUCUCAGGAAAAUGCCUUUGUUACUGUUCCCCUGUUUAUACUGUUGCUCUAACUGACUUGUUUCACCAUCCUAAUCCUCCAGCAGAGGAUCUUACAUCUGCUCUUUAAGGUCCUGCAGGCUCUCGGCUCCUACUUUUGACCAACAGUUUUUUGUUUUUUGGGUUUUUUUUAAGAUUUUAUUUAUUUAAGAGAGAGAGAGAGCACAAGAGAGCGAGCAUGAGCAGGGGGAAGGGCAGAGGGAGAGAGAGAGAAGCAGACUCCCCGCUGAGCAGGGAGUCAGAUCAUAACCUGAGCCAAAGGUAGAUGCUUAACCGACUGAGCCACCCAGGUGCCCCUUGAUCAACAGUUCUAAAGACUAUGGGUUACCAUAAUAAUCUGAUAUCACUCCCUCACCCCUGCUAGCCCUGAACAUGGCUGAUAAUUUCUUAUGCUUUGGGAAGUUUUCUAAUAGCAAGAGAGACAGGCUGGUAUAGAGAGCCCUGAACUUGAUUUGGUACUAUGGAAAAUCUCUUAAAAAGUCUCUGUCUAUGUUUCUGUAUUCUCAUCCAUGACAUGGGGAUAAAAGUCUGGUGUUUGAUAAUGGUAAACAUGUUCGUCCACUGCAAUAUGCGUACACAUGCAAGGGUAUUCUUUAGCUUUUGCCAGGGCCCAUGGUGGUCUGUCUGGACAACCUGAAAACUGAAUCCCACUUCAGAGUUGGCCACCUUGAGGUGGGCAUGCAGUCUCUGUGUAAGAGUGUUUAAUGCAUUAUCAGUGUUGUUCCAGACAUGAUAUCACUGAUGGUUACUGAGAUCCUAGCCUGUCUUAUGUCCCUUCUCCCACCUCUGGAAGGAUUCUUGGGUAUGACCUAACCCAAAGAACUGUGUAAACUCAAAAGAGACAGUAUAAAGAAUACCUGGGUGGCUCAGUCAGUUAAGUGUCUAGCUCUUGAUUUCAGCUCAGGUUGUGAUCUCAGGGUCGUGAGAUCAAGCCCUGCGUUGGGCUCCACGCUCAGCAGGGAGUCUGCUUCUCCCUCUCCCUCUGCUCCUCCCCCUGCUCACUCGCCCUUUCUCUCCCUCUAAAAUAAAUAAAACCUUAAAAAAGAGAGAGAUGGUAUAAACUCAAACUGGAUGUCACAAAGCCACUUAGUCUUCUUGGUUAGUUCCAUCUUCUAGUACUUUUGUUUCAACCAAAAGUAAAUGUCACGGUAGCAAAGCCUGCCAAGUCCACCAGCCUGUUUGUUCUUGGCACAGAAUAGGCAACUGACCCCUCUGGUCACCACAGAGUCAAGGCGAUGUCUGAUGUUAACAGCAGCCAUGAUGAGAAGUCUGCCUGCACAACAGGUUUCACUUGGGACCAGGAUUACUCUGGGCGCAACAGCCCAAAUUAACCCCCAACGCAGCCUCCCUGAGCUUUCACGCAAUCCAUUCCAACCCAUCCCAACUCUUUGGCUAGGUGCAGUUCUCAUUAGAGCUCCAUCUCCAGGAUUAAUGAUGGGGUGUGGCCAUUUUUCUCUAGCUGGCUUUUAUUUUUUUAUUUAUUAUUAUUUUUUUAAUCACAAUAAUAGAUUUAUUGAGCAAUUGUGUACCAGGUACUAUGCUAAGCCCAGUACAAACAUUAACUCAUUUAAAUCUCCCAUUAUUUUUUUUUUAAUUUUAUUAUGUUAUGUUAGUCACCAUAUAAUACCUCAUUAGUUUUUGAUGUAGUGAUCCACGAUCCAUUGUUUUCAUCUAACACCCAGUGCUCCAUAAAUUACGUGCACUCCUUAAUACCCAUCACCAGGCUAACCAAUCCCCCCUCCCCCCUUCCUCUCUAAAACCCUGUUUGUUUCUCAGGUCCGUAGUCUCUCAUGGUUCAUCUCUCCCUCCAAUUCCCCCCGCCCAUUUUUCCCUUCCUUCUCCUAAUGUCCUCCAUGUUAUUCCUUAUGUUCCACAAAUAAUAAAACCAUAUGAUAAUUGA